CCGAUGGAGAUUGUGGAACCAAACACCUGCGUUAGAGGAUGCUGCACCAGCGAAUCGAUUCCUCUUCAUCUCCCUCCUUCUUCCUUCACUCUCCUCUCCCCAAUCGCUAAAGGAUCAGAGAGUGUAGUCUACGAAGCGAUCCUAAACGGCAGAAGAGUCGCGGCGAAGAAGCCAAUCUUAUCUACUUCAGAUGACCUCGACAAGUUCCACAGACACUUACAGCUCUUAUGCAAUAUUGAUCAUCCAGGUGUGGCUAAGUUAGUAGCGGCACAUGCUAAGCCUCCGAAUUACAUGUUUUUCUUUGAGUUUUAUGAGUUUGGGAACUUAGCUGAGAAGUUACACGUGGAGGAGUGGUCUCCUACUGUUGGUCAAGUGUUAAUGAUCACGCUUCAGUUAGCUAAGGCGCUGCAGUAUCUUCAUAACAAUGGGAUUGUUCAUAGGGAUGUGAAACCAGCUAAUGUUCUUCUGGAUGAGAAGCUUUCUCCAUAUCUGGCUGACUUUGGUUUAGCAGAAUACAAGAAGGAUUUGCGAGAAGUUAAUCUACACAACUGGAGAUCGUCUGGGAAGCCAACCGGUGGGUUCCACAAAAGGAAUAUGGUUGGAACACUUAUUUACAUGGCCCCUGAGAUACUAAGGAAAGAGAUGUAUACUGAGAAAUCAGAUGUCUAUAGCUUUGGGAUUUUGAUCAAUGAGCUUUUAACUGGAGUUGUUCCAUAUACUGAUCUUCGUGCAGAAGCUCAGGCUCACACUGUUUUAGAGAUGAAUUACACCGAACAGCAACUUACAGCUGCCAUUGUGUCUUCUGGUCUCCGACCUGCUCUUGCUGAAACUGGAUUACACAUUCCGAAUAGUUUGGUGUCUCUUAUACAAAAUUGCUGGGGAGCUGAUCCUUCUAAGCGGCCUUCUUUGGACGAUGUGGUUUUGGAACUAGAAUCACUUUGGGAACUAGAGAGACAGAAACAGCAAAGUCAUUUCGUUGAGACAACAACUUCUAUUUCCAGGAGUGAUAAAGAUGAAGGUGCUAUUAAAAAUACAGGAGACUACAUUGACAAAAUUAAUUGGUCCAGUCAAGGGGAGUGUUUAUCCAAGAAAUCGUCUCUUUCCUCUUUCCCUGAUCUGAAAUCGUGGUCUAGUUCAACAGACGACUCUUCAAGAUAUGUCCCUAUUGUUUCUUGUGGGUCUUUUGCAACAUGUGGAAGAAGAGAAUCCAUGGAAGAUACACACUUUCUCAUGCCCCACAUGUGUAAUGAAGAAAACAUCCACUUAUUUGCUGUCUUUGAUGGUCACAGAGGUGCCGCAGCUGCUGAAUUUUCUGCUAAAGCUUUGCCAGGAUUAAUUCAAAGCUUAUCUUCCACAAGCGCUAAAGAGGCACUUUCACAAGCAUUUGUUAGGACUGAUUUAGCUUUCAGAAAUGAACUUCACUCCCAUCGUCAAUCAAACAGGGUGAGUCAGAAAGACUGGCAUCCUGGUUGUACUGCUAUAGCCUCUCUCCUAGUGCACAAUAAGAUUUUCGUUGCAAAUGUUGGUGACUCCAGGGCAAUUUUAUGCCGUGCCGGCUGCCCUCUCGCUCUAAGUAAGGCACAUCUUGCGACCUGUACUGAAGAAAGAAAUCAUGUGAUUGGAGAAGGUGGACGUAUUGAAUGGCUGGUUGACACAUGGAGAGUUGCUCCUGCUGGUCUUCAGGUUACCCGGUCGAUAGGAGAUGAUGACCUAAAGCCAGCUGUAACCGCAGAACCAGAGAUUAGUGAGACCAUUCUAUCAGUAGACGACGAGUUUCUGGUAAUGGCGAGCGACGGGCUCUGGGAUGUUAUGAACGAUGAGGAAGUUAUUGGUAUAAUCAGAGAUACUGUAAAAGAACCUUCAAUGUGUUCCAAGAGAUUAGCAACUGAGGCUGCAGCACGUGGUAGUGGCGAUAACAUCACAGUCAUUGUUGUCUUCCUGAGGCCAGUGUCUACAGCUGAAAGGAUAUACUAGUAGCCAGCUCUUACAUAGUAUUCGAUGCAACUUCUUUACAUAUAAAUUAUUUGCCAUGGCUUUCCAAAAAGGUCAGACACUUGAGAUCAACCAGUACAAAGUGUAAUUCUUUCUUGAGAGGAACAUAUAAACAUGAAAUCACCUGAUUACAUCAGUCGCUUACAAUUGAUUUUGUUUUAUUUAGAAAUUUAUGGUACUUAAUGUAAUACAAUAAGGGAUGAGAAAGAAGAAAAAUAAGAAGUAUAGUGGAGUUGGACGGCUUAGUAUGCUCGUCUCAGAAUCCAUAUGCUUUCUAAGGUAUUAAUAGUUAGCCUACAGCCUGCACUAUGGUCAUCUUGGCAGUAAUGCACACUUGUUACCUCUAUAUAAACACCUGAUAUAGUAACCUCCUGAGAUUUCAUCUCUUUGGUUGUUGUUUUCCUGUCUUUUUUUUUUAUUAUUAUUGUUUUCCUAAUCUUGGCACUGACCCUUUGCUCAGUGCAUCUUGCAAAAGUGUCUGGAAGCUCUGCAGGAACAUGUCCCAUUGGAUUGUUGUCAUGUCCCCGAAAGAAACACCUUCUGAUUCAGCAUGGUUCACACGCAUCGGUGGGCUCCUGCUCCUCAUGGUGCCUCCUCUCUUCUUUUCUUUUGCAUUCACAGUAAUCCGAUGGUUUUGUGAGGACAGCAUCGAAGCAGUUGCUUUCGCUUUGGUGCAGAUGGUCUCCAACAGACUGAAACUAUCUUCACCUCUAGAAAAAUCCCUUGUCAUCUUCUCACCUAUCUCUGCAAGACAGAGCCCUGCAGCUGCUGCUUGUUUCAAGAAAACCGUGCAGACAAUGAGGACCCUUAUAGCAGAUUCAGGCAAAGAGUGUAGUUCAUUUCUCAGAAGUUCCGCGUCUUUGAAAGGGUCCAGAUUGGAUAUAUACUGCAGCUCAGUGUCAGUGAACGGAACCAAAGCUUGAGGCCAGUUUAGCCAUUCAAAGUAAGGAUCAUCUAGGCAUUCAGGAAGGCAGAGACCAUGAUCUAUAGGCACAAGCUCAGCGGUUCCAACUCGGUUAUAACGCUUGUCUUGGUCACAACUCUUCACUAGCAUGUUCCCUGCAUGCCUGUCAAGGUUCAAGACUCUCACAUCAAGUAUCCCAAUCCUAUGAACAGAGGUAACCGUAAAGCUUCCUGGACCCAACUCUCCCGCAUCAA